GCUUUGGUCGAAUCCGAUUUCGAUUGUCGCACCGCUCGUUUCGUGUGGAUUCCUAACCCAAACCUAACCCGAUCUGACUCUACCUGGAAUUGAUUGCACAUAGUAAUUGUGGUUUAGAUCUUUUCAAUUAUUAAUUUAUCACGAUGGCAGAACAGGCUCAAGUCAAGAAUCCCUUGGAAUACGAAUGGAUGGUGAGACCCUGUUUCCAAUACAAAGAUGAAUACAGCGACUGUACGAGUAUAAAGAGUCGGUUCAAUCAGUAUUUUGUCCAUGGAGAGAACACAAAUUGUGAGUCAUGGCAAACUGAUUACAAUAAUUGUAAAUUAUGGAAACAAUUGCAGGACGAAACGGCGUUUAAUGCUCUGGUGCAAAGUGAGGAAAAGCGUCGCAUGGAUAGAUUGAGACCACACUACGCUAACUCCGUGUGGAAAAAGCGUCAAGAACCACCUAAGAAUUGGAAUACACCAUUGCCCGAUUGGUUGCAGGAAGAGAACGCUGUUUCUUUUCUUGGUGUUAAGGUAGAGGAGAUGCAAGCAAACAAAAUUAUCGAGAAGAGAACUAUGUGCACAAUUUCAUAGCACAAAACUUUGUUAUUCUGAAAUUAUACCAAAUAAUCGACCCACGGUGGAAGAGGUCAUUUGAAUUUCCCUCCCACCUCUACGAGUGCCAUCUAUGCCAAUGCAUUUGAGUUCAGCCAGCCAUGCGCGUUGGGUGAUCGUCAACUAGCGACGAACUUCAUUCCGUAGACAUUGUGAGGAUUCGAGUCUCAACAGUGAGAAAAAAAAAGUGAGGAGUACACGACGCGUGACGAGAGAGAGAGUGUUUUUAAUUUUCGAUCCUCCCUAGAAAAGUUGGUCGUAUAACAGAAUAGUGAGUGUAUCCCUGUUCGGUUCUUUUAGUGUAAAAUUGAGCGUGUGUUGAGUGAGUGACGUAAUCAAA